AUGGGGAGGCGGAGGGUGGAACAGAGUUUCUCCUCCCCUGGAGCCCCGAUCAGAUUUCCUCUAGAGGCAGAAGAAAAAGCAAAGAUCCCACCUUCACUUCCCUCUGCCUGGCCCGAGUGGGCUUGUCUCCUGGCUCUCUGCUCUGCGCCGUCCGCCCGGGACCCAAGGAGACCCAGGAUGAUCUGGAAAAGCCUGCCCGUGCUCGCCCUGCUGGCCAUCGCCUGGGUCCACGCUGAGGAAGAAUCAAAAAGCAAAUCCAAAGUCUGUGCCAAUGUGUUUUGUGGCGCAGGCAGGGAGUGUGCAGUCACUGAGAAGGGAGAGCCAACCUGUCUUUGUAUUGAGCAAUGCAAAUCUCACAAGAGGCCUGUGUGUGGCAGUAACGGGAAGACGUACCUCAACCACUGUGAGCUGCACCGUGACGCCUGCCUCACGGGAUCCAAAAUCCAGGUGGACCACGACGGGCACUGCAAAGAAAAGAAACCAGCAAGUGCAUCUGCAAGCCCGGUUGUCUGCUAUCAGUCUGACCGUGAUGAGCUCCGGAGGCGCAUUAUCCAGUGGCUAGAGGCUGAGAUCAUACCUGAUGGCUGGUUCUCUAAGGGGAACAACUACAGCGAAGUCUUAGACAAGUAUUUUAAGAGCUAUGAUGAUGGAGAUUCCCGAUUGGACUCCAAUGAGUUCUUGAAAUUUGUGGAACAGAAUGAAACCGCUAUCAACAUCACCACCUACGUCAACCAAGAAACCAACAAGCUGCUCAGGGGACUCUGCAUUGAUGCUCUCAUUGAGCUCUCUGAUGAGAAUGCUGACUGGAAACUCAGUUUUCACGAAUUCCUCAAGUGCCUCAACCCUUCCUUUAACCCUCCUGAGAAGAAAUGUGCCCUGGAAGAUGAAAACUAUGAGGAUGGAGCCGAGACCCAGGUGGAAUGUAACCGCUGUGUCUGUGCCUGUGGGAACUGGGUCUGCACCGCCAUGACCUGUGAGGGAAAGAAUCAGAAAGGGCAACAGCCUAACGAGGAUCUGACUGAAGAGGAGUUGGCCAGAUAUGUCCAAGAACUACAGAAGCAUCAGGACACAGUGCAAAAGAACAAGAAGCCAAGCACCAAAGAAAUCUAACAGAAGCUUCCAGCCCCUGAAGAAGGAACCCAGAGCUUCUGCCUCAAGGCAGGCUCAGCCCAUGCCCGUUUACUUCAGCGCUGAAUUCCAUAUACACAAGUGUCUGCUACAGUUUCCAAAUCGCCAAUAUUUACAUUGUAUAAUGAAUUUUUUUCACUUAUUUGUUUUUAUAAUAAAGGAAGAUGUGGGACAAGAGAGGGGGUGGGGCCAUAACCUUCAUUUCUAAGAAAGCUUUAAGGGAGACUGGAACUGGUGCUUGGGGGGCUCACCAAGGAGGCUGCUUCCCAGUUACAGGAGGAGCCCACUUGGAUCAGAAUUACAUCCCAGUCCUGUGCUCAGAUGAGCUGGAGGAAAUGCAAUAGUAGAAUGCCAGGGAAAUAUGUUCAUGGGGGGGGGGGGGGGGCUGGCCAUUCCGGAUUGGGGGGAAAGGAGAUUGCAGAAGAGGGAAUACAGCCCUGCUCUAGAGAAUUGGCAGGGGACCCAGGAUGUAGCUUGGCUACUGAGAACCCGAACCCUCUCAGCUUGUCCUCUCCCACUCUGUCCAGGAGUAUACUCUCAAAAGAUAAAUGGAAAGGUUAACUCAUGGCAGCUUUCCAUUGGCCAGUUGUCUGUCAGCAUGACCUGAACUUAUACCUCUACUGGUGACUCUGGCAACCUGUUAGUGACCAUACAUCCUCCAAACCACCUACUCCUCAUGAGGCUUGGGCAGAGAGUUCUGGGAGUCCCAGAUCUCUGUGAUCCAGCUCUUGUCUGCCACUUGCUACCCUCAUUGGGCACACUCUUUCAUUUGUUUUAUUUUGUUUUAUUUUGUUUUUUACUUUUCACAAAGGUGCUAUCUUCUCUUGAAACACUUUUGACAAGUUGACUCUUUUUUUUCAUUUAUUGUUAUUACCAUUGCCUGUUGUUCAUGAAUAUUUCAUUUUCUGGAUUAGGAAUUGAGUUUUUGUAUUUUUCAGUACUUUCUAGACUUUAGAGGGGAGGGAGGAAUUUAUAAUUAUUUAAUGUCUUAUUCUAUGCAUGGCCUCACCAUGCCUGCAGCCCAGACCGCAUGUUACAUUGCACACUGGAUGGUCAGGGUUUUCUUCCAUCACUUCCAAGGACAUCAAUGUCUGUGAGUGGGAACAGGGGCUGCCUCAAAGAGAAGUCAAUGGGAGAAGAAGCAUUGUCAUAGGAAACUGUCUGUGUUUGGAAGACCAAGUUUUGACUGAUUCUAUGGAGACGAUUUUGAGGGCUCCAAAUAAAGAUAUCUGUAUCAGAAUUCAGAUAUUCCAAAUGGUUGGAGGUUAAAAAAAAGUAAACAGUACAGCUCCUCUUUCUAUAGAUAUCUGGGGGCUGGUAGAUUAUAGCAAUAAGAAUGGCUAGCAAGUGAUAUAAAUGGAUGGGGUAAACCUUCAAGGAAGAGAGAUUGCUCAAUGAAGCAGAGGAAGGGUCUGGACUUGGUGUUGAGGGUCAGAGAAGAUGUCUACACCUUUGUCUGGUCCAGAGCGUCAGGAUUGGGGAAUGAGAGAAGGAGCACCUUGUACCAGAGAGACAGUGGCCAGGAAUGCAGUGUCUUACAGAGGGAGCCAGGUUUCCAUGAGUACAAGAAGGCUGGUUGUCUACCAUUGACCCCUGCAGGUUUCUUCAAGCUGUGAGAUUCUGUGAGUCUAUGACUCAAGUUCAUGUGAUUUUAAUCUCCUUCCAUGAGAUGAAGCUCUGUUAUAAUCCACCAAGAUUAGCAGCAAAGGAGUAAAUUUAAUGCUGAUGGUAGAUUAUGCCAGAAAGCAAUGGAGGCAUCAGGCAAUAGAUGGGGGGAGUUAUAUCUGAUUUGUUUUGAGGGUGUUUUUUUUCCGUUUCAUGUUAGACUUGUUAUUCUUCAAAACAAAAAUAAAAUAUCUUCAAUAGCAAUUUAUGGUAGGAUGUCAGUCACCAAGCGUUUCUUAAACACCUACUAUAUGCCAGGCACUCUGCAUGAUGGAAAAUCACCCAGAAUGGGUGGGCAUGGAUGGACUGAAAUCUGCUUCAUUGAAGGGAAUACCCACUUAGAGGAGAUCACAGAACCAUAGAGAAGGGAAUUAAAACCUGGUUUCUAAUUUCAAUAGGGAAAAAAGUAAGAGACAACUCUGGCUGGCACUAUCAAGCUUGGGAAAUACAAGUAUUUGAGAGAAAUCAUUUCCUGUUUCUGGGUACUUCAGCUCUGACUUCCCUUUUCCUACACUUGGCACUGUAUCUAUUUCAGACCAAUAAAUUCAUUUCUAAGAAAGGGGCAUAGGUAUUCCAUCUAGUAUAAUUCUCGCACAUUAAAUGUUUGUUGAUUGACUAAUAGAACAAACAUGAAAUCCUGUGUGUAGAAGGCACACAAGGAUCCAUCUUUUCUUCAGAAUUAAAUGACUUGGGUUGUAAUGCAUGAACAAUGAUGAGAGGCUGUUGUGUUUAAAUUGGAAUUCUCCCUAAGUAGAUUUUCUUUCUCCACUUCACUGAAAAAGUAUGCAAUUUCAAACACUCCAACUUAGAAGGAUCCAUUUUGCUUAGAAUUCUCAUCUUUCACCUAUCUUUAGCCUAAAACAUUGUUAACUCCCUCGUCUAUUCCUGAAGUUUAAGCAUCUCCUUGUUCAAGUGCCUUACACAACCUUGCAGCCAGACUUACUCAAACUACAGAUUUUCACUUGCAGAAAAUGGGUUCCUUUUCCCAUUCCAGAAUCCUUGAGGGGAGAGGGAAGGCCACAGACUGGCAGUGAGGUGGGAAGCAAAUUACCAGUGCAAUGUCCCAUCAGCCAAUUCCACCGUCACAUUUAAUUAGUGGUACAGUUCAAAAUUGCCAUCGCCAUAUGAGAUCACAGAGUUAGAGCUGGAAGGGACUUCAGAGGUAAAAUUCAACUCCCUCAUUUUACAGAUGAGGAAAUUGACACUCAAAAAAUGUUAAAUGACUUGGCCAGGGUCACACAACUACCAAAUGUCUGAGGCAAGAUUUAAGUCUAGGUCUGACUCCAAUUCCACUACUCUGUCCCCGAUGCCACCUCUCAGAGCACAGGGGCAACUUGGAAAAGAUGAGAUGUAAAAUCAGUCUGGCGUGGUCUGUAAACUGAGGACAGCUCUGAUCAGUUCUAUCAAAGUACUGCUAAUGAGCAGCCCAAAAGCUCAUGGAAAGGACUUUGUGGCUCAAGCUUAGGGGUCCUACAGAGAACUGCACAGAAUAAAUGGAGCAAAAUUUCAUAAAGGUACACUUCUGUCCCUUUGUGAAAGGGGCAAUAUGUAUAGCAAGCUUUCUGAGUCUCUUCUUUCCCCACCUCCACUAUGGUCUUAUAAGCCUCUGUUUAUGUGUCAAAAUGUAUGUGUUAAAAACAAGUGUCCAUGGAAAUGUUAAUACUAGCCCCUGCCUGACCAUUUUCCAAGAGCAGAUGGGUCUUCCUUCUACUUACUAAUUAGUCUCACUUCCACCAUCCACCAAGUUCCAAGCAACUAUCUCAGAGAAAGGACUGCAGGGACAUUUUCUCCUAUAUGCUUACUUUUUACAUACUAAAAAAAACUUAUAUAAAAAAACAAAACAAUGUAAGCCUUGUGUUUCUCAUGCAUGUGAGAAUGUGUCAGUGAAAGGGCUCGGUAGUCAGUAGUAGGCUUUCAUAUUGCAUUUAUUUUAACCCUUUUUGUAAUUCCUGAUAGGUUCAUUUGUUUCCCUUUCCUUUGGACAUAUAAAUGCCAAAUAAAGAAAUUAAAACAAUUA